AUGAAGGCAUGGAUGUUCGCAGCAGGCCUGGUGAUCGGGUUCUCCAUGUUUGCACAACCAGAGCCAAAGUUCGAAAUGGACGAAUCCUUCAAUGGCGCACGAGAAGUCCUCAAGAAACUCUCCGACCACAGUGCCCAGGCAGAGCACUACUACGAGAUUCUGACAGGUUUCGCCGAUGCCAUCCAACGACACCGACAACAUCUCGCCCGCGAGAAGAGAAAGUCGCACAAUAAAUACGUCAACCAGAUCCUGAAGCUCGACAUGAACCAAACGAACCCUGGUAAUAGCGCCCAAUCGACGUUCUCUCCACAGUCGUUGUCGAGAGAUCUGGCGGACGCUGCUGCUUCGACCCUUGCGGCGGAAGAUGUCGGCGCGAUGGGCGGCGAGCAUGACUACCCGCAGACAUUCCAGCUGUUCGACUCAUCUCAACUUCCUGUCGAUGGUGGUGGAGGCUUUGAUUUUGGCAUGUUCGGCUGGGACAAUUUCGCCAUGCAGAUUUCGGAGAACUUCACAUUUGAUAACGACACAAUUUGGGAUCUUGGAUGA